AUGUAAAGUCAUUGUGACUUAAUACUUAAUGAAAGAGGAACUCUUUGGUUGGGAGAUUGCUAAUCAGCAUUUGAUGCAGUAUUUACAUCAAUAAUUUUAGGAGUUCUUAAAAGGUAAAGGAAUCAGAACUGUUAUAACCGUGGCAGCAGGAUUAAAAUUAAAACUUGAUGGCAUUGUGCAUCACAUUAUAGAGAUACUAGAUAGUGAAACAGCCAAUAUUUCAAGAUAUUUUUAAAUUGCAAAUGAAUGGAUAGAAAGAGGAUUUAAUAUUGGUGCUGUAUUAGGUAAUAGAAAUGAAUUAAAAGAAGCGAAGUUCAUUGCAUGGCAGGAAUCUCCCGUUCAGCAGCAAUAGUAAUUAGUUACCUUAUAGAAAAGAAGAAGAUGAAUUAUAAUCAAGCCUUAUCUUUUGUUAAAUCUAAAAGACCCUAAAUUAAUCCAAAUAAAGGUUUUAGUAAUUAAUUACAAGCAUUUGUUGCAAAAGUCUCAUAACCUCCAUUAUCUAAAAAUUCAAGAGGAAAUCAUUUCUAACAAAAUCAAGAAUACUAUGAUUGUAAUCAUUAUGCUCCUAUUAAUCGAAAGGGAUCAGCUGGAAUCUUACAACAAAAUAUGAACUUUUAUAAAUCAAUAACUAAGUCUUUGUCUUAGAGUAAGAAUAAAAUUAAAUGA